UGCAACGCGUAUCUUGAGCCUAUUGCGCAGCCUCAUUUCGAGCACCGAUUUUGUAACGUCUACUUUCUUUUCCAAAUGGAAUGGUUCAGGAUUGCAAUAAUGCAGCUAGAUAUGAACGAUACUUUAUCCUCUUGUGAUACCUAUCCGUCCAUGAUUUUGGCACUGCAAACCGACGUUGACAUUUUUGCAGGCGGCGAGACUGUCUGGACAGCUAACCGCAUCACUCAGCAAUGAGGGGUUUAUUUUCGUUCGCCGGAUAAUAAUAACUAGCUAGUUAGCUAUCCUCCACCCAUGUUGAAGCAAGGAAUUAUGUUGUAAUGUUAUUUAUGUGGGAAACAACAAUUGUAAGCUUUGUCAGUGUCAGUCUGGUGAAUGAGUUAAUGGACUGAACGGUAAAGCGAAUUAGGGAGUUAGCUGUCAACAACUUUGACGCGUUAGCUAGCUAACUAGAAACUAGUUGGCUAGUUAGCACUGACAAGAAGACAAAAAUGUGGCAAAGCGUUGGUCUCACUUUGCUGGUAAUUGUGGCCACCCUUGUGUGCGCGUUGCUCUUCAUGGUGUUUGGUUGGUAUGUUGUCUGGCAGCUCUUCCUGUCCAAGUUCAAGUUCCUGCGUGAGAUGUUGGGCGACACCGGCUCUCCACAGGCAGAGACCGAGCCGUCCGAAUCUAAGAGCGAGCGUACCUCUCCUCCAACCCCACGCCAGAGGCCCAAGACUGCCCGCCAGAGGGUCGUUCCUCCUGAAAGCACUACAUAGACGACCACACCCAUCCACCAUCAGUCUUACCCUGUCCCCCUAUUCACCAACCCCCGUCCCACUAGGAAACUGUGGUGGACGAAGUGAAACCCCUUACUAAAUGGCAUGAUGUCAAAAGUCAUACUACUCCCCUUUCCUGAUGAAAUCUCCACUCUGCACUACCUUACACCUCCUCGUCGUAAACACUUGAUACUCUACUUUUCUCUCCUGGACACUCUUCUUACUAGACUAGGUAUAGCUGCUGAUGUUAUAAAGGCACAAGCCAUCAAAUCAUGGGACAUUCUGUGUACAACUUGUUCACGUUUCAAAUAUGUAUUUUAGCUGUUCACAGUAUAUGUACUGAGCAGCAUGUCCAGUUUCUUCACCUGGCAUUCACUGACACUGCAACAUGGUCAGCUCUGACUGGCUGACACUGCAAUAUGGUCAGCUCCCACUGGCUGUCAUGCUGCUAACACCUUUACAGGGAAUCUGUUUCUCCAUGAUCACACGAGUGAAUUCUCUGUCAAGACUGUGUAUGUGUGCAUUUAUGAGAGUUUGUUUAUUUGAACAUAUAUGUGUUUGUAGCAAAGCCUAUAUUCUGACAAACUGUUGUAUAAAACAGGCUCAUUUGUUAGCUUUUACUUUCAGAAGCAAAACAACAACUGCUAGAAGAAAAAAAAACUGAAUGAAACAAUUUGUAUAACUGACAAAUUAAGUUCCUCGACGUGUUAAUUUCACUUUAUUUGUAACAAAAGUGCAAUGAAAGGAAUGUUUUUUUGGGUGGUUAUUUUAUUGUUGGUCAGAAAUUAAUACAUAUAUAAUGGUUGUUAUGGAACGGUGGGGUUAUAAAAACACCUUGAAGAUGAUGUCCAGGCUCUGUAUGUAUCAAGCAUCUCAGAGUAGGAGUGCUAAUCUAGGAUCAGGCUCCGCCCUGUCCAAACGAACUUAUUCAUUGUGAUCUAAAAGGCUAAACUGACCCAAAGUCAGCAUUUCUACUCUGAUAUGCUUGAUACGGCCCCAGAACUCCCUAGGAAGGCAACAAAUAAAUAGGCUAUAGCUCAUUGCUCUGGCUAGCUAGCCUCCCAGAGGUGCUAACUGGGGUGUAUUCAAUAGGAACCAAACGGAAGUGAAAAGCUGAAACAGGGAGGACCUAACCAAAACUUGUCCAAUUAGAAACAUUUGUAUUUGUGUUUUCCGUUGUAAAACACUUCGCUAUGGUGUGCACUAAUGACUACACCCCUGGGCUCCAUGCUAUAGGGUCGUCACUAGCUUCCAUAGCCACAAAGUCAUAAACCACGCCCAUUUCUACAAUUUAUCUUCUUAACAUUUUAAACCUAGCCCUAACCUUUACCACACUGCUAACCUUAUGCUAAGACCAAAAAGCAACAAAAAAAAUAGCACAUUUUGACUGUGGCUGUGGAAUCUGACUUUGUGAUUAUGGAAGCUAGUUUAAACCAUGUUACAGCUACAGCUAGCAUAAUCCCCUCCCCAGUGAUGUGUGAUCCUCAGCACUCCCACACUGAUAUGCUUGAUACAUACGGCCCAAGAGCUCCGCAGAUAGACAAUAAAUAUAUAGGCUAACUCUAGCUCUGGCUAGCUUGCCUCCCACUAGAGGUGCUACAUGGGCUCUAUGCUACAGCAGAGCAUAAUGCCCUCCCCAAUGGUGUGCCCUUACCUGUGCCUCUGUACCAGUGCCUGUCUAGAUGGCAUCCUUCCCUGUAGUUCGUUACAUGGCCUCUGAUCCAGCUAUAAGCCUAUAGCCGCCUGACAUUGUAAAACAUGUACAUUCUCUAUGUAAUGGUUUUACAUGUGAUUGUCCAGAUUUCAAGUUUGUUUUGGGCUAUUGCUGUAAUUUACAUUCAGAAUAAAUAUAUUUCUUAACUCUC